AUGGCUCAGCAGCCAUCUUGGGAUACGCCAACCAGCACCGUUCCCGUGCCGGUCUUGAAGGUGUACAACUCGCUCACGCGCACCAAGAAUGAGUUCGUGGCGCGUGAAGGAAAGCGUAUCAAAUGGUACAAUUGCGGUCCGACUGUGUACGAUGCUUCACAUAUGGGACAUGCUAGGAACUACGUGACACAAGACGUUCUGCGACGCAUAAUGCAGGAUUACUUUGGAUACGACGUUCACUUUGUGAUGAAUAUCACCGAUCUAGACGACAAGAUCAUCUUGCGAGCACGUCAAACGUACCUCGUCAACCAAUUCCGCGCUGAGACGAAGACGUUAUCCACCGAGCUUCUUGACGAGGUUCGCACGUCGUGGGUAGCCUACGUUCGAGGGAAGGUUUCUAAGGGACUUAAAGCCGAAGACGUUCCGCGGAAUGGAUCCGAAUGGGACGCCUGGGCGACUCUAGAGGACAAGUUCAAGGACAAGGAGUGGCGGCAGGACAACCUUAAGCGCGAUGAGAAGUUCGAGAUGCACUUCAAUGCCGCUGCCAAAGCGCGUUCAGCGAUUGAGGUUGGGCAAGGCUCGCUAGAUUCGCGACAGGGAGGCGUCGACGUGGCACAUCAACUCAUUGACGAGGCUGCUGACGUACUCGCCCUGUCCUUGGACGCUAAGUUCGGCGCUACUGUCACCGACCCUUCUAUCUCGCGCUCACUUGCCGCGUACUGGGAGAAACGCUUCUUCGAUGACAUGGAACGGUUGCGUGUGCGCCAGCCUGACACGCUCACGCGUGUCACGGAAUAUGUGCCCGAGAUCGUCUCCUUUGUUGAGCAGAUCGUGUCGAACGGUUAUGGUUACGAGCUCGACGGCUCCGUAUACUUUGACACGAAUGCGUUCGACUCCAAGCCCGAUCACUUCUACGCGAAGCUGGAACCCUGGAGCAAGGGAAACCGGGAGCUUCUCGAGGAGGGCGAGGGCGCCCUGUCCGCCAAAGACAAGUCUGGUCGACGAUCGCCUGCAGACUUCGCGUUAUGGAAGUCGUCCAAACCGGGAGAACCCGCUUGGCCUUCCCCGUGGGGACCCGGUCGCCCAGGAUGGCAUAUCGAAUGCUCCGUCAUGGCUUCUGCGGUCCUCGGAGAGAACAUGGACAUACACUCCGGUGGGAUCGACCUCGCUUUCCCGCACCACGACAACGAGGUGGCCCAGUCCGAAGCAUAUCACGAGUGCGGUGCAUGGGUUAACUAUUUCCUGCAUACUGGACAUUUGCACAUAGAGGGUCUGAAGAUGAGCAAGUCGCUUAAGAACUUUAUCACAAUCGAUGAGAUCCUCCAGCGCUACACUGCACGACAGUUGCGCCUCGCGUUCAUUGGCCAACUCUGGAAUGCGAAGAUCGACUUUUCCGAAUCGCUCAUGACCGGUGAAGUGAAGAACAUUGAGGCGGCCUUCAAUAACUUCUUCGCCAACGUGAAAGCUCUCGUCAGCCAGGCCCGUGCGGAUGGGCCUAGCCUGGACGGCAAGCACCACUAUGAAGGAUCAGAAAUCGCGCUCACCCAGGCACUACACACGGCCCAAGACUCUUUCCGUGCGGCGCUUUGCGAUUCAUUCAAUACGCCACUGGCGCUCGAUACCCUGCGUGAUCUGGUGUCGCGGACCAAUGUGUACAUCAACGCGCGAGGCAAAGAGCUCAACAUCGCCGUUGUUGAGCGCAACGCGCGCUGGAUAGGCGCUAUGCUACGCAUGUUUGGCCUCGGUGAAGGCGAGAGCAGCGAGAUCGGCUGGGGUCAGGAGGCAAAAGAGGGUGCGGGUGCCCUCGAUCGCGAGGAGGUACUCAUGCCCUAUCUCCGUGCACUCUCCGCCUUCCGCGAUGGAGUUCGUACACUCGCAAUCUCCAAGGGCGACGGUGCGGCAAAGGAGAUACUCGCUCUGUGCGAUCGGCUGCGCGACCAGGACCUCGUGCCUCUGGGCGUUGCCCUGGACGACCAGGAAGACGGGAAGGCGCUUGUGAAGCUCGUUCCUCCAGCGCAGCUUAUUGAAGCUCGCGAUGAGAAACGUAAAGCCGCUGAGGCCAAAGCCGCCUCAAAAGCGGCGGCGGUGGCCGCAGAGCGGGAGAAGCGUGUAAAGGCGCUUGAGAAGGGACGCACCCCUCCCGAGCAGAUGUUCCGGCCUCCAAACGUACCAGAGGGCACGUAUGGCAGCUGGUCUGACGAUGGCUUGCCGUUAACGGAUGGCGAGGGCAAGGAGCUCAGCAAGAACGCGAGCAAGGGCGUCGCUAAGGCGCAUAAAGCCCAGAAAGUUGCUCAUGAGAAGUUCUUAAAAUGGCAGGAGGAGGGCGGAGCGUAG